AGCGCUUCCAGCUGACGUGACGCUCUGUCGGUGGAGAAUCCAAGCUCCGGGAGUGACCUUGUGGCUCUUCUCAGCGAAAGGCGUCGAGAGAAAUUUCGUCGAAUAAUGGGACGAAAAGCCCCAUUCUGGAUUUUCGUCGAAGAGUUGAAUGAGACGCUCAAACGAGGAGCGCGGAAUCUCAGCUUCACCGAAGUCAAGGAACUGGCCCACAAUGAGUGGCCAACUCUGUCCGUUGAGCAGCGGGAGCGCUACCGACUUCUCUCGAAAGAGGAUCAAGUUCAGGCUCCAUCCAUUCGAUACGAAGCGCCUCUGAAAUCCUCUCCGCUCAAGAGGAAAUCAAAAGUCGAGCCCUCCAGAAGGUCGGGAUAUGGAGACGUGUUGGAGCAACCUUUCAUCCUGGCCGAUACAUCGGAGACGACGGCUUCAAGCGAGGGGGAAAUCGCCCUGGCCAAUUUCAGCCUGCGAGACGGUGUCAGGAAAUUCCUGAGCCUUCAUCGAGUACCUCAGGCCGGAAGUCACUCUGGAAACUACGGGAGGAAGCUGAGAGUUGCCGACAACCUGCAAUCUUCCGUCGUCGAGUUUCCCGACUCAGAGAUUGUGACUGAAGUGAGUCAAUUCUGUCCUUGUGUGCAAUGCUCAACGGGGAGAAUCCUCAUUUUCGCUAAAUCCGCCAAGGUAGAGAUCCUACGGGAUAUGUUUAGGACCAUGACCGAAGAGGAAGGAUCGAUGAUUUCCAUUGUCGUUGAGCCCGUUGAGAAACUGAUCGGCCUGAUCCAUUUCGCGGUUAAUAACCUUCUGGGGAAUGUCGGCCCGAAGGGAUGGUCCCUGGUUGCCGAAUACAUCAAUCAGGAGUGUCUCAAGCACAGAAGGGUCCCUUGUGACCGUCAUCAGCAAAAAGACGUGGGGUGUGCUCAUGGUGGCGUGGUCGCGUUGACUUUUAGUUUGAUCAGCGCUUUCAAGGGAGACUUCGCGCCACUCGGCCUGGUGUAUGAAGAGGGGAAACAUUUCUUGAUUCCUGAAGCAGAAUCACCGGAACUGCAGAAAAUUCAAAUUGAUAACGCCCUAGGAAUGGGCGAUAAGGCGGACAUCAUGUGUUCCCUGAGACGAGGCACACAACCGAUAACAUUUACAUGGUACAAGGACAACCGACCGGUGCGCGCCGGCCAAGACGGCUAUAAUUUGGUGGAUUUGAACGGUAAAAGCAUUCUCGUAAUAGAGCGCAUCGAGAGGAGUCACAUAGGCAACUACACCUGCACAGCCAGCAACAAUCUAGGAUCAGACAGCUAUACUGUGCCAGUUUUUGUCGAGGCGCCGCCUUCGUGGUCUCUGACGCCUUCAGACACCACGGCUCCUACAACUUCUAAAGUGUUCCUUCACUGCGCGGCCAGCGGAUAUCCGCAACCCGCCGUCCAGUGGUUCCGACGGGAGAAGAAAGUUGACUUCGUCCCAGUUCGAGAGUCCGAUCGAAUUAAACUCCACCGGAACGGAACUCUUGUGAUAUCCAUGUCCAACGUCGAAGACGCCGGAAUGUAUCGCUGUGAGGCGGACAACAAGCUCGGGAAAAUCCAUCAAACUCUGCGACUGACCAUAAGCGCUCCGCCUACUAUAAUCGAGCAUGACGAAACGGCGACGAUUCGGAAAGGACACAGCGUUCGAAUGCGCUGCGAGGCGACCGGCGAUUCUCCGAUGACAUUGAUCUGGAGCAAGGACGAGCGACUUUAUAAAAAUGCAUAUGUCGUCGGGUAUGAUAUCAUUCAGAGAGUGAUGCCCGGCGGAAUCCGUUCAGAACUGAUGAUUUACAACACGACGCCCGGCGACGCCGGCGUCUACAUGUGCAAAGUAUCCAAUCCUUUCGGGAGAGCAGAAUCUUUCACCAAACUCCAGGUUCUCGAGCCGCCGUCGGCGCCGUAUGGGAUCCGCGUUACCAACAUCGAGAGUAAACAGGUUCGCCUGAACUGGCAGCCGCCUCGUUCAGUCGUCAAUCAUUACAUCGUUCGCUAUUGGAGAGAGAGCCACAACGCUGCCAAGAGCGGGAGGAAACUAUCCGUGCUCUCGAUCGCGGACGGAGAAACGAGCGCCUACAUAGCCGACCUGCAUCCUGGAACCACUUACAGCGGCUACAUGAUCUCAGAGAAUGGCGUCGGUUCGUCAAAUCAAUCUCAGGAUUUCAAGUUCACCACUCGCGAAGCUAUUCCGACAGCCUCGCCUCUGGACGUGAAGCUCAUAGGCAUCGGAGCCAAGUUCUUCAAAAUUCAAUGGAAGCCUGUACCCGAAGACCAUCAGAACGGAAAAAUACUCGGUUAUAGCAUCGGCCACAAACAGUUCGAUGCUGACGUUCCCUUCACUUUCGAGAGCGUACAGGGAGAACCAGGAGAAGCGAUCGUCCGCGGAGUGAAACCGAAUACGAAAUACGUCGUCGCGAUCCAGGCGUACAAUCAGGCUGGAUCUGGACCGCUCAGCCAUCAUCUGAGCGUGAACACUUUGGACAAGGACCUCCCUGGUCCCCCGAAUUUCGCCGUGACCAGAGUAACCGCCACCUCGGUUUCGGUACAGAUCCGAGAGAAGACCGCGAACAAUCAUGUCACCCAAUUCGUGCUAAGCUACCGCGAAAGCGGGAUGGACACCUGGAAAUCAGUGUUCUUCCCGCCGCACACCCAUCAUCUCAAUGUCGAGGGUCUCUCGGCAGCAACGAAAUAUGAAUUGACCAUCGCCUCAUACAGUGUCCACGGCCGCGGGGAAUCCUCGAAACCGAUGACAUUCACCACCGCCUCCGAAGAGAAAGACGUCAACACUAUACGCAUGGCGCGCAGCGGUUUUCUGACCGCCGAGAACAUGGAGGCAGUUCUCAAUGAGCCUCGGCUUUUCCUCCCGUUGCUUUUCUGUCUGACACUAGUCGUAACCUCCAUCGUGACAGCUUAUGCUUGUUACAAGAGGAUCGUCGCCAAGUACACCGUCUUCAACAAUCCUCAAGGAGCCCAAGUCAUGCAAUACCAGACGGUGCAGAGCCCCUACGGAAUUCUCGACCGCGAAUACUGCGUUUUACAGCAGAAGCUUUACGGCCUCCAGGGUGGCGGUUAUUACGGCGUGAACAAGAACGGUGAGGUAGUCUACGACAUGCCCUACGACGCCGUCAUCAACACGUCGUUGCCUGUGCCCCAAGAGGAUGUCGUCGCCGCGGCGCAACCGAAAGAUUGCUACACGAUGCUUAAAGGGAAAGACAAUCGACAAUCCUACAUCGUCGCUCCAGCCGUUCCGGAGAAGGAUGAGGCCUUGCGGGCCACCUUGAGAGCAGAGAAAGCCAUGAAGACCAGAAAAGAUGGUUCUGAAACGCGCUUGAACGGCACCGUGAUCCAGGCGGACAUACAUUCUUCAGACGACUAUGUAGACGACGAUGAUGAGAGUGACGUGAAGGACGGCACAUUCAUUCAGCCUACGGAAAACUCCGAUCCCGAGGACACAGACAAUGACGGAGACGACCUGGAACCGGAGAACCACACUGAGCCAACUGAUGUUGGAGCCUCGUCUCAUGGAGAUUCGAACCCUGACAUCAAAGAAGCUUCACCCGAGAAAACCGACGCGACUGAUUUGCUCAUGAAGAGUCCAUCAGAUUCCGCGGUAGCAAUGGAACCUGAAGUUCCCCCAGCUAUCCCGAAGAAACAAUUCACGUCCCCCCUCGCCGCUCCAAGCCACGUUGUUCCCGAAAUGGCACCCUGCGACGAUUACGACAUAAACUGGCCGGCUCCGCCUCCGCUCGACGGUCUGGAGUGA